CAGUAGCGCACCAAUUGGCUGCUUGUCGUGCCUAUUGACGCUGGCAAGCCGAGCUCACCGCCCCCCACGCCUCCCUGUGCCUUCAGUCCUACAGAAAGUUGCGGCGUGUGAUGAGGUCGCGACGCUUUUUGACUGCGUUCCCAGUGCUGCUGUUGUUGGCCUGGCAGACCGUAGAGAACACCGCGGUACCUGGUUUACCAAAAACAUGCAGUGCAAAUCAGUUCCAAUGUCAAGAUGGGGAAUGCAUUUCAAAGUCGUGGCACUGUGAUGGGGACAAGGAUUGCCCCUUUGGCGAAGAUGAAGUGGCUUGUCCCCGAAAGGUAUCGUGCUCUGGUUUCCUAUGUAAAGAUGAACGCUGCCUGAAGUUGGCGCAGAAAUGUGAUGGCAAUUCUGACUGCACAGAUGGCUCUGAUGAAGAUCCAGUGUCAUGUGGUAACAUAACUUGCCCUCACGACCAAUUCCAGUGUCACAGUGGCCAGUGCAUUCCGUCUAAGUUGCUCUGCAAUGGAGCCAGUGAUUGCACAGAUGGCAGUGAUGAGGAAGGAUGCCCAUUCAUGCCGUGUUCCUCCGAUGAGUUUCUUUGUGGUUUGGACUGUCGAUCUGUAAAUGUCUUGUGCAAUGGGCAGAUUGAUUGUCCUGGGGGACUUGAUGAAUCAGACAAGAUGUGCAAGAGAAAAUCAAAGUCUCAUUGUGAUACAGAUGGAUUUCUUUGUGACGAGAGUUGUGUUCCGUUAGCAUUUAGAUGUGAUGGACAUACGGAUUGUGAAGAUGAGAGUGAUGAAAAAAACUGUGGGGAUUCUUACGUCAGAAGUCUAGUGAGUGUUUUGUCAGUUGUUUUCAGUGUGUCUCUGAUUUCCUGCAUGAUUGCCUGCUACUGGACUAAAGCUAGCUGCCAUUUACUGAACCGUCGACUCUUCGAAACUUCCAAAAAGUAUCUGAAACCAGAUCUGGACAGAACGACAUCAUCUACUUACAUGUUAUCUGAUCUGAAAAAUGAAGAUGACUCUUCGAUAAUCUACGAGCCAUGAAGCCAUAGCCUCCUGUGGAGAUGCGGAGGGCAGACGUCUUAAUUUCUACUUUAGACUUGAACAACAUUUGCAUUGAACACAAUAUAAUUUCUUUAAAUUGACAGUUUAAGUACUACUUUGUCAGUGGCGUAUAUCAGCUCUUUUAUCGCUUAUCUUUAAGCACAGAAUAACAUUUCAAUGGGUUGCUGUUAUUUAUAGUAUGUGGUAUGAACUUUCAACGCAUUGUCAAUUUUUCUAAUCUAAAACAUUUCCCAGCUAACCUACAAACGGGAAGUUGGACCUCAGGUUUCAGUGACAUGUCAGACUUGAAUCACUCCUAUGGCAGUUAGUAUUUUUUGUUUUCUAUUCAUUUUUGCUCUUCAUGUACUGUAAUUUCGAAGCAUUUACUAUUUGUUUAGUCUGCGGUUGACAGCAUUUUUGUUUGUUAUGUAAUUGCAGUAUGAUAUUUCCAUGUGAUUCUUAGUAUUUGAUGUAAGAGUGUCCUCAAUCCACUCUGUGUAACCAGUGUAUUUAAUUUGAGGACUUUUGAAUGUUAGAAUGCAAGCCUUAAUACUACGUUUUGUAUAACGCGGACAUAGUUGUCUCGCUUUUCCUGUGCUCUUCUAUAACAGAUUACUCUUUACUGAUCUUAAUGACAUGUUGUACAAUACUGCCUGGUUUUCCAUGGUCCUAAAAUUCUUAUAAAUUUGUCUCUGCAUUUUAAUAUGUAUUCUGCAGAAAGAGUCAUACACUGCUAACUUGUCUCUGGUAGCAUAUGAAUACUGUGUACUCACAGACAUUACUCUCUACCAUUUCAAGCUACAUCUGUUCUACAUGACACAUCUUGUAAUCUGAGGUACAACUUUAAACCAUUAACCAGACCAAUAUGUCAAUACUAUGUAUGAAUGCCUUAUAAGCAAAUGUGCUGAGAAUAUGUACACCACUCCCACUGAAAACAUUGGACAGGACAUGAUUGGCUGAAAAAGCUCAGACGCUUCCUGGUCUCUUUGUAAGCAGCAUUUUUGUGGAGAUCAAUGGAAAUUCAGAGUAAUAUCCGUAUUUUAAAGGUUUUGUUUUUUUUGUGAGGCUAUUUCAAGUCUGGAGUCUCUGUAUUCUGGUUCACAUCAAGACAAUCACAAAUGAGAAACGUUCAGUUGAAUACUUUACAUUUAAAAAAGCAGGAUAUUUAUUUUUUUAUUUUUUAAUAUCUAAUUCAACAUCUUCUUAUGUUUGCUAUAAGCAUGCCUGUCUUAUUGACCCAAUCACUUGUCAGUUUCUUUCUUUCUUUUUUUUUUUUUUAAGCACUUAUUUAAGAAAAACAAAAAACAACCUCUUUAUAUUUUUUG